UUUCUUCCCAAUUCCCAUGUUGUGAGUAAGGCGCGCGGAGGUAGGGUGUUAAUAUCGAUAUUUUAGCUCCGUUUUCACUAUCGAGCAGAGAUAACAGUGAUUAGCUUCGUCUCAGAAGCAGACGAACAAUGUGUGAAAGCCUGGGGUUGAAAAAAGGAGACGAAGGGCUUAUCAAGUUUGUAAGCCCUCAUCUUGGAUCAGAGGGGAAAAUGUAUCUCAACUGAGUUUUAUGUAUGCUGUAGCAGACGACACAGCGGACGCGAAGCACGUUAAAUGUUUUUUAUUUAGAAAAACAAAAAAAAAAUCUGUUGAGAAGGUGGGGAUAGAAAGCUAUGGAGAUCAUUAAGCAAAAUAUUGAAUUCAGAGGUUUGGGCACUAAAAUCUUUUCAGGGUUAAAGCGUUUCCUUCUUAAGUUUGUAAAAAGCGUUCACAGGAGAAAGUGAGAGUGAAUCAUGUCUGAAAAUGAAGUUUUUGGGAAUGGAUCCAACGUUUUGAAAUAUUCUUUUCCUUGUGGUGGCAUUGUAUACCUUCGUGUGACGGAGGAGAUAAAAACCAAAUAUGAAAAAGAUGCCCAAUGCAAAGCUGAUCUUAAUGCUAAGGCAUAUCAAUAUUUCCUCAACAUGGAAGAACACAGAAAGAGGGUCGAAGAAGAAAGAAAGAGGCAAGAAGAAUUAGAAUUAAAAAAGACGAAUUUAUUUUAUUUUCAAGAAGACCAAACGGAAUGUGAAGUAGAAUCGUCAGGUGACGAGCAGGUUGCCCAAUCUGGUUGUGGAGCCAAGCGUCGUUUUGGCGCUGCAUCACGUGUGCAGGUUGAUAACGGAGUAAUUAAAGUUUUACCCAAGCCUCCUGUUAAAAGUAAACGAUCCGCACCUAAAAAAAACAAGAGAGAAAAAAGCCGACUCAACCAUUCAAAAAGAGAAGAAUGGACUAUGCUGAGAACGAGCCGAAACCUUCCUCAUCAACUGCUGUUGACGUACCUGACAAGGAAAACGAAGAAAUUCCUGAGGCUGGCGAACAGGAUUCUGAUCCUAAUUUGGCCAUAGAAGAUUCCGGGUCGGACGAGGGUGGUGGUGAUCCUGGAAAGUGGACCACCAAAGAAGUUUCUAAACUCUUGGACGUGAAUCAAAAUUUUAAGCCACAAUUUGACGAGCCUUACGCGGUUAAGCUCCGCAUCUGGAAAAAAUUAAAAAAUAACUUUAUAAUAAUUUUUUAGCCUUAUUUACAGCCAUUUUGUUAUUUAGAUUUCGAAAAUUCCUGAAAUAGUGGCAACCGGAAAGUCAUGUUUUCAACUCUCGAAAAAAAUUGAUAACCUGAAAAAGAAUUGGCGCAAGAUGAAACGUCCAUGCGCGAAGGCUAAUUCCAAUUGGAGAUGGACCAAAAAAAUUAAUCUUAUAUUUGGGGACGACCCAGCCAUUGAGUUGAAUGACGUUGCCAAGGUCGGGGAUGGUGGUCCCAUAAAGAAGGCUCCAGCAGUUAAUAAUUCUUCAAAUUGGAAGACAGAGUUGGUGGCCAUUGAGAAAGAACGUGUCGAUGUUCUCAAGGACAUCGCACGUAGUCAAGUAAAAAAACUGCAACUUUUGACCGUUUAACUUCUAUUAUUGAAAAGUGGUCUGAGAAAUAAGAAAUUAAUACACUGCGUUUGUUCAUA